AUGCCUGGUUUGGGUGUACCCCCAUCUGCAGGACGACGAUGGAGACAAAUAAGAAAGCUCAGCAUCACGAUGGAUUCAUGGGACUUCCAGAGUUUACUGCCUGGUCGCGAUCAUUUGAAGAUUUUGGAUGAUUACAUUCGGAACUUUGCGCCGAGUUUGGAGAAAGUGAGUUUUGGAUGGCAUGGAAGGAAAGGUCCUUGUCCGUAUUCUCUAUUCAGUGAUCCAUUAUUCGCGCCACCAAAAGAGACGAUCAAGUUAUUUGGAGAAGUGACAUCCCCGAUGUCGCCAUUACCAGCUGCUCCUCCAAGACCACCAAUGGUAUUUCCCAAACUGCGAUAUAUGCAAGUGAGGAAUGCCACGAUGUCGGAGCAGCAAGUCGCGGAUUUCAUUUAUGAACAUCGACACACGGUGAAAGAAUUUGAUUUUGAGAAUACCACGUUGAUAAAUGGUGGCACUUGGGAGCGAGCAUUGGCACCAUUGACGUCGAGACAUUGUCGAAGCAGUGAUGAAUGGUUGUCUCAACCGAGCGGAUCUGAUGUUAAUAGUUUGCAAUAUCAGAGUGGUAGUGAAUUGUAUGAUAUUGAAGAGGCACCGGAGGUAAUUGAUACUUGCUCUGGCGUAACAUUGCCUGGUAUGAAGGAGUCAUCGAUAACAGGUACAAAGCUCAAGAGAAAGAGGUCGCAUCAUCGCAGACGGAGACGCAAGCAUAGGCAAAAGGAAAAUGAGAAUGAGAAGAAUGAUGAAGACGAUUCUGGUAAAGAGGUAAAACUAAAGAUUUCGGCUCCAAUACCGAUUGCUUCGCCUCCAGUAGAGUUAUUGCACCCAAUGACUUUUGAUCCCAAUAUACAAGGCGUUCAGCGUAACUUUGAAAAGGAGGAUGCUCAACAGGAAUUGAUUGAUGAUCCUGAUAAGAGGAUAAUGGCUUUGAAGAAUGCAAGAGAAGCUGUGCUAAAGCAGCUUGGCAAAGAGUUCUGCAAGACUCAAGAUAAAAAAGAACGGGUAUUGACAGCCUGGCCCAAGCCUUUGCAACUAGGGGCCUCAUGUUCGUCGCCAAAGAAGUCCAGAGGGUUUUUUGGUCAUGAGAGUAGUACCGCAUUGGUACCUUUGAUGUUUAGUCGGUGUUAG